AUAAAGCUGUCAAUCAUAAACCACAGAUCCCCGCCCAUAGUUCAUGAUGUCGCUGUGGCAGGGUCGGUUGAAGCGGAUGGGGUCAGAGGCGGGGUACACGUUGACAGCUGGAGCAUAAGGAAACAUCGCAGUCAAACUGGCAGACGCGUUUAUAUUCAGCGCAAGUCAUGUUCGCGAAAGGUAAAGGGACCGCGGUGCCAUCGGACGGGCAAGCUCGGGAAAAGUUGGCAUUGUACGUCUAUGAAUAUUUGUUACACGUGGGAGCUCAGAAAUCUGCACAGACGUUUUUAUCAGAGAUAAGAUGGGAGAAGAACAUAACCCUUGGUGAACCACCAGGCUUUCUGCACUCUUGGUGGUGUGUGUUUUGGGACCUGUACUGUGCAGCACCUGAGAGAAGGGACACAUGUGAUCACUCCAGUGAAGCUAAGGCCUUCCAUGACUAUAGUGCUGCUGCGGCACCAAGUCCAGUCCUAGGCAACAUGCCUCCCGGUGACAGCAUGCCGGGUGGACCCAUGCCCCCCGGAUUCUUCCAGGGACCACCUGGUUCCCAACCCUCCCCUCACACUCAGCUACCUCCCAACUCUAACAUGAUGGGGGCACAUGGACAGCCUUUUAUGUCUCCUCGCUAUGCUGGAGGACCUCGGCCACCCAUCAGAAUGGGUAACCCGCCUCCAGGUGGGCAGCCUUUACCUCCGAAUAUGAUGGACCCUACACGACCAGCAGGCCAUCCAAAUCUGGCACCUAUGCAGAGAAUGAAUGCUCCUCGAGGAAUGGGUCCGAUGGGACCGGUACCACAGUCUGAUCCUUGGUUAUCAUUACAGAGCUACGGAGGAAUGAGGCCUCCAAACUCCAUGGGCCCUGGAAUGCCAGGGGUGAACAUGGGAGCAGGAGCAGGCAGACCGUGGCCUAAUCCUAAUAAUGGAAACACGAUACCAUAUUCCUCAUCAUCCCCAGGAACAUAUGUGGGUCCUCCAGGAGGUGGUGGAUGUCCUCCAGGAACACCCAUCAUGCCAAGUCCAGCAGACUCCACUAACUCGGGUGAAAACCUCUACACUUUAAUAAACUCAGUACCACCAGGAGGAAACAGAUCUAAUUUUCCUAUGGGUCCUGGGUCAGAUGGCCCAAUGGGAGUACUGGAACCACAUCACAUGAAUGGCUCACUGGGUUCAGGUGACAUAGAUGGACUCCCAAAGAACUCUCCUAAUAAUCUAAGCAGCAUGAGUAACCCGCCAGGAACGCCACGAGAUGACAGUGAACUUGGUGGAAGUUUCCUACACUCUUUCCAAAAUGAAAACUACUCACCGACAAUGACAAUGAGCGUGUGAAGGAUAAGCUCCAGCACCAAGACACCACAUGUCUUAAAAAACAAGGAUCAACCUCACCAAGAACCAGAGUGAGUCUAACCUCACACAUCCAUAGGAACCAAAUCCUACCGCAGCUCUGGAUGAGGUGGAUGCUUCUCAUUUCAGCACGGAUAGAGGAAGGACCUGUCUGAGAUGAGAGCUCCAUCAUUUUAAACCACUCUUAAUAUUUUUGUAUAAUUUUAACAUAGAAGCCCACACACCCCAGACAACAUCAAUUUGCUUCUUUUUGUUAAGUGGAGCUCAAAAUUUCAGGACCAUGAGAACAUUUACACUGUGGAUGUAGUUCAGAAUACUAUGUACUUCUUCAGCGAGGAUGUGCAGCAUUUGUGUAACAUUCCAUUAGAGUAUUUGUAGGAUCUAAUUUCUGAUAUUUUAAAAAGUUAAUCCCGAGGAACAGCUUUGGCUACAGUGGAUUUGAUAUGCACCAAUGCGAAUGACAAAAAAAAUCUAUCAUUCUGCUAUCAUUUCCUUCAUCGCAUACUUGGGAAAUACAAUGGACUGUUAGCAAAAUUAAAAUUACUACUUCUGUUCAAUGUCAUAUUUUAUAACAAUGGAUUUUACUGCUGAAGCCUUUUGAUGAGCCUAAUGUGGGACAUUUUGACAUAUUUCCAGUUUUCCAUGGGACAGAAGAUGACAUGAAAUUAAGUGUUUUUGGGUGGGAGUUUGGUCAAACACAACAACACUUCAUCAUGCAACACUGCAUCUUUUCUCACUGGCUUAGUUUUCAUUUUCCUUUGUGCUGUUGUAUUGUGUUUUGACCCAUUGCUGUUUGCCUUUAGUCACAGUUUAAAAGCAUGCCGCAAACACCCAAAAGGCAGUUUUUGUUUUUUUUAACUAAAGAAAGGAUGCCCUCUCACAUUCAACUGCUUUUAUUUCUUUCAAAUUUUUGGAGAUGUGUAAAUAUUUGUAUUAACAAAUUCAACAGCUGACACAAACUGAACAAGUUUCACAGAUGUGGCGAACAGAAACAGAUGUAGAGUCCCUGAAUAAAGGGGGUGUCUAUUUCAAAAGUAAAAAAAUUAUUAUGUGACCACCACACAAAGUUAUUUGCAAGUUCCUGAGCAUCUGGGGGGAACACGUGGUUAGCCACGGUGAGGAAGACUAGCUGUCCUUCCCAUCUCCCUGUUCACUGAACAAGCUUGAAAAACCGCUUAAACACUUUCCAAAAAAUUGGAUUUUUGUAAAGUUAUCUUUAAAAAUAUAGUAUGCUGAAAAAGGGGCGAUUCUUUUUUUUGCUGAGAUUAUAUAUUUUGUUAGACGUUUCUCUUCCCUAGUCUGUCUUAAUAUUGUACCACCUUACUUGACCUGUUACAUCAUGUUGUUUAGCCUUUACUGUAUGUAUUAUGUUCCUUGGAAUACACAGUGAAAUGACUUGUGUAAUUUUUAUGAUUAAAUUAUUUUUUGUUUAUACAACUA